UGCAGAUCCAAAUCAGCUUGCAUUUAUUGACUGAUCGAUUUAUUAAAUUCACUGAAGAGCAAAAGCCAAACAGGAAGCUCCAGAAAUGUCAAAAAUAAAAGUUUCCAUCAGUAAGUAACAUUCAUAAAUAAUGUUCCCAUUAAAGUGACACCUCUCUGACCUCAUGAUUGAUCACAGCUGACCAGACAACAACACGCCAGUCAGCCUGUGCUGCAGUUUGGCAACAGUAAAGAGAUUAGAUUUCCAUCUUUCUUCCGCGUCAAUAAAUUGUUUCUCUUUUAUAUAAAUGCAUAAAUCAGUAAUAUCGGUGCUGUGCAUGCUCAUUUGUCUCUGUAGGAAUGUCUUUUCCUGUCACCGUGCGUAAAAACAAAAAAACCCUCAGAGCGCAGACAGUUGGAGCUGUAGAAAUACUUAAAAAAAAAAACUCGUUUAAAUUUUUAGGCACCAUCAUGUUUUGUUUCUUUCCAAGAGCAAAAAAGAAAAAAAAAACAGAUCUUUAUAAUUUCCCCCUGCGUUUCUUCUCUCCGCCUUGUUCCGCGCUGCGGAGCUGCAGUGAUGUCAGCCUGCCUGGGUCAUUUGAAGGUCAGCAGCCUCGGAUGGGUUCAUACAAAGUUCACUCGCAUAUAUUAGGCAAUUCAAUCUUUCAUUCUCUGUGGCAAAACUAGUUGGAAAUGAGCUGCACGGGGGGACGGAUAACCCAUUCGUCAUCGGAGAGCAGAAGGCGUGCUUUUUAAAAACGCCGUCCGUGUUAUUUUUUUUAGAUAAUAGAAAAAAGAAAGAUCCUCCAGUUCAGGCGGGCUUCUGCCGCUGCUUUCUCUGGUGUCGGUAACCGGGACGGGCUGAUUCAAAGAGAGAGAGAGGGGGGGGGAAACACGUCGGGAGAUUAUUAUUAUUGUUAUGGAGGAGUCCCGAUCAGACGUCCGCGGCAGCGCGCUGACCGGACACGGUGCGGGGAAAUGUCAAAUGAGCAUUUAGAAGAAGCGGUGGAGCAUUUUGGUCCGAAAUAAUUCAUGAUUCCGGUGUGGGACGAAGGAGAAGAAGAGGAGCGAAAUCUGCCGUGCCAAGAAGAAGAAGAAGAACGAAGAAGAGGAGGAGGAGGAGGUGGAGGAGGAGGAGGAGGGGAAGUUUGAUGGAGUUGUGUGCGCUUAUGCCGGUGAUUUUUUAUCCAUAACGCACAAGACUAGUUGAGCGACGCGCCCGUCAUCAUGUUUGACUGCAUGGACGUGCUGGCCGUGAGUCCCGGGCAGAUGCUGGAUUUCUACACGUCCAGCCCGUCCUCCUGCAUGCUGCAGGAGAAGGCUCUGAAAGCCUGCAUCAGCGGACUGGCGCACAGAGAGUGGCAACACCGCCGGAGCGCACACUCCAUUGAAACGCAGAGCACCAGUUCUGAGGAGCUCGUCCCCAGCCCGCCGUCCCCGCCGCCCCCUCCCAGAGUCUACAAGCCCUGCUUCGUUUGCCAGGACAAGUCCUCUGGAUACCACUAUGGUGUCAGUGCUUGUGAGGGCUGCAAGGGUUUUUUCCGCCGAAGCAUCCAGAAGAACAUGGUGUACACGUGUCACCGGGACAAGAACUGCAUUAUCAAUAAGGUGACGAGGAACCGCUGUCAGUACUGCCGCCUGCAGAAGUGCUUCGGAGUGGGAAUGUCCAAAGAGUCUGUUCGAAAUGACCGGAAUAAGAAGAAGAAGGAGAGCCCAAAGCCGGAGCUGGCAGAGAGCUACGAGCUGACAGCAGAGCUGGAGACCAUCAUUGAAAAGAUUCGUAAGGCCCAUCAAGAAACCUUCCCCUCCCUCUGCCAGCUUGGCAAGUACACCACGAACUCGAGUGCAGACCACCGUGUGAGGCUGGACCUGGGCCUGUGGGACAAGUUCAGCGAGCUGGCCACCAAGUGCAUUAUCAAGAUCGUGGAAUUUGCCAAACGAGUGCCUGGCUUCACGGGGCUGACCAUCGCGGAUCAGAUCACGCUCCUGAAAGCUGCCUGCCUGGACAUUCUGAUCCUGCGCAUCUGUACAAGGUACACCCCCGACCAGGACACCAUGACCUUUUCGGACGGGCUGACUCUCAACCGGACGCAGAUGCACAACGCUGGCUUCGGCCCACUCACCGACUUGGUGUUCACUUUUGCCAACCAGCUGCUGCCCAUCGAGAUGGACGACACGGAGACAGGCCUCCUCAGCGCCAUCUGUCUCAUCUCUGGAGAUCGUCAGGACCUGGAGGAGCCCUCCAAGGUGGACCAGCUUCAGGAACCGCUCCUGGAAGCUCUGAAGAUCUACGUGAGGAAGCGUCGGCCCAGCAAACCGCACAUGUUCCCCAAAACCCUGAUGAAGAUCACAGACCUGCGCAGCAUCAGCGCUAAAGGAGCAGAACGGGUCAUCUCUCUGAAGAUGGAGAUCCCAGGUUCAAUGCCGCCGCUUAUCCAGGAGAUGCUGGAGAACUCGGAGGGCCAAGACGGCCAGAGCAGCAGCAGCGGUAGCAGCGGUAGCAGCAGCAGCAGCAGUGGCAGCAGCGGUAGCAGCAGCAGCAAGAGCAAGAGCAAGAGCAAGAGCAAGAGCAGCAGCACUUCGGCUGAAGCGGCAGCCAGUCCCAGCAGUAAGGGCAGCCCCAACGAGGACGCCACUGCCGUCGAGUCGCCGAAGUCAUUGGACACCGAGGGGGCUACGGCCACACCGCCCAGCGAAGAGCCCUAAGGAGGCACCUAAACUCUCUUUGACAUUCCUUUGCACAAGAAAGGAACAGCCGGGCAAGGCGCCGACCCCCCUCGACCCCCUUCUAUAAAAAAAACCCUCUACCCCAACUCCUUUGCUUGGUCUUACGUUAUCUUUAUCCUCGUCCUAUUUUUCUCACCCAUUCCCCUAAAAAAAAAAAAAAAAAAUCCCUCCUUAAAAAGACGUCAACACGGAGGCCUCAAAGGAUCAGCGCUUUGUGUAUAAUUCUGAAUCGAGCUCUUAUUUGGCGUGGUGUCUCCAUGGACAGGGACUGUGACAGGAAAGGGCAUGGCCCUCACAAAACCGCCAGAGAUGAUACUCCUCAGGUCUCCUGUGUAAAUUCUUAUCUGCAUGACGGGAGUUUGAUAAGUGGUUUUACUCCUCUCUCUCUGUCUGUCUGACCCUCUCUCUCUCUCUCUCUCUCUCUCUCUCUCUCUCAUAUCUUCAUCUCUCGUAUUGUUGACAUACAUACAUUGUACAUACCAUUGUAUGGUUAGAUCUCUGUUUCUAUGAUGAAUUUUGUGGUGCUUUUUUUCAUUGUCUUAAAUAUUAUCUUUGAGGCGAUACACAUCAAGGUUUAAAGCGGGGACUAAUUGUAAGUCCUUCAAAAAGUUAUCUAGAAUGUUAUUGCAUAUAGACAUUACGGAAGUCUAAUAUUUUAUAUUUGUUCCUAUAUUUAAAACUGUUUUUUUCUU